CAGUUGAAGUUCUUGACUAUUUGAGGCAAUAUAGGUAUAGCAUUACUAACAUUCAUUUUUUUCCGGAGGCCUACUUUUCUAUGUAGUUACAUACAAAUUCCCACUUGUGAAAAAAAAAAAAACUCUCAUAUUUCUGAACUUGGCAAAGAUAUUAUAUGGUUUCCCAUUACAGAAACACUUUUUUCCAGUCCAGUUCUCAACUGGGUUUUUGGUCAAAUGAGAAAUAUUGAAGAGCUAGGAUCAAUUUGAGGAUUGCCCAGAAUUAGUUUUGCAAAAACUUUUCUGGUUAUUCAUAAGCAAAAGUCUUUGACAGAGAUAGGAGAAAGAUUGAGAACAUUCUGGCUAUAACUCGGCUUAGGCUCUCUAGGCAUUUCAUUUCUCAAGCUUCAUAAUUUGUGCUAAGUUCGCAGAAGAGAACAACUUUCCUUGCAAGUUGAGAAACCAUUUUUCUUUAGAAUUCAAUUCAAGGGUCAAACCAAAUAUGGGCUCCAAGCUUGGCAAUCAAUUGACUUUUUACCUAACUUUGAUGAUGAUGACGACCAUGAUGAUGGUUUCAGCCUUCAGUAGCUCAGAAAUAUCAGCACAAAAUAUAUCUUCAUCAAAUAGCUCUGUACCCUCAGGAAGUAGUUUGCUUGAUCAGAGAAACAAUGUAACUGAUCCCAUGGAUCAGCCAGAUGAUACAGUGAGGGUGGAUCCACUAGAUAAUUUCAAGAAAUACAGAGGAGGAUAUGACAUUACCAACAAGCAUUAUUGGAGUUCAACUAUAUUUACUGGAGUUUAUGGAUAUGUCCCUGGGGUGCUAUGGCUUGUGUGUGGAAUUCUCUAUGGUGGUUUUUCAUUAGCAGAAAUGGUCUUGUACAAAAAUAGAAAGAGUAAGAAGCUGAAGAAAAGAUCAGCUUGUCAAAGGCAAUGCUACCUUUGGCCCAUCUUACUUGCCAUUUUUUUCACUCUCCUUGCCAUAGUGGCAUCUGGUGUUGUACUUGGAGGGAAUGCUAGAUUCCAUUCAGAAGCAAAAACUGUAGUGGACAUUGUCAUAAACACGGCAAAUGAAGCAUCGGAAACCAUAUACAACACAACUGAAGCAAUGAAAGUUGUCAGAGAUAACUUGGGAGCUUCUGGUAUAAACAAUGAAGUUGAAGUCUUCCUUACCUCCACAUCCCGGGAACUUGAUCUUGAAGCUGCAGAUAUUUACAGGCAGGCUAAGAAGAACAGACAUAAGAUUGAUAAAGGUCUAAAGAUAGUUUUCAUAGUAACCACUUUGACCAUUACCCUGAACCUGGCUGCGGUGAUUGCUCUGUCGGGUGUGUAUAUAUUUACUUCAGCAUGCCUUUUAUCAAUCUCUGGAAUUCUGAGGUUGCAGCGGGCACUUCGCCUACUCAUUAUACUGUGCUGGUUCUUGACUGUUUUGUGCUGGCUGUUCUUUGGGAUGUACUUUUUCCUAAACAAGUUUGUUGGUGAUACAUGUACAGCUCUUGAGAAUUUCCAAAGAAAUCCCUAUAACAAUAGCUUGAGCUCUAUCCUGCCCUGUGAUGAACUGCUUUCAGCAAAAUCUGUUCUACUCGAUGUUAGUGCAGGGAUCCACAACAUUGUUAAUGAGGUGAACGCAAACAUAUCAGUCAUGCAAUCAUCAAAUGAUAUUUCUAUCUGCAAUCCUUUCUCGGAUCCACCGGCGUACCACUACCAGCCGGAAAACUGCCCAUCUAACACAAUAAAAAUAGGAGACAUCCCAAAGGUGUUAGAGGUAUUCGCCUGUUCAGAUGCAAACAACAUGAGCUGUGAUAAUGGACAAUUCUCCAUAUCCAACAGUGACUACCAAACUGUGGAGUCUUACUCAAAUUCAAUACAGAACCUGCUAAAUGCUUACCCUGGCAUGGAAAACCUGGUGGAAUGUCAAUCAGUGAAGGAUGCCUUUUCUGAGAUCCUUGUCAAACACUGCAAGCCCAUGAAGAAAUUAAUUCGCAUGGUUUGGGCAUCAAUGGUUUUCCUCUCAUUGAUAAUGGCGUUACUGGUCCUGUUAUGGACAAUAAGAGCUCAACAUGAGCUUAACCAUCAUUUUUCAGAUGGGGGUUCUGUGGGACCCCAUUCUUCAGCAGCAGAUUUGCUGGAAUUAGGCAAUGCUAAACAAGUUAAAGAUAACACAAAUCUUACUUCAGUCUGACAAAUUACCAAACAGGUGGUGGGAUACAACCAAAGUGGGAAGAAUUAAAAGAUUUAUAGGGUAGGGUAAAAGACACAAGAUUGUACAAUACAGAUUAUAUAUAGAGAAAAUACAAUAUACAUUGGCAGAGAAGGAAAAAGGAAAUACCUCUGCCAAUAAGGGAAAGGAAAUUGGUUCUAUUGACAAUUUUUUUGUAGUGUAAAAGUGUUGAUCAAUUCUUUCCUUCUUUCUAUUCAGUAAAAGGUCAUAUAGUCAUGGACUCACAGCCAGCUUGGGGAACCAACCCCAUAUGCUUGAAAUAAUAUGUAUGGAUACUUUUCAAGAUAUAAUAGAAUAUGUUCAAUGUUACUCAA